AUGGAGAAUGAAAGUGAAGAUGAGGAUGACUCUGAAGAGACCGAUGGUGAUGAAGACAACAACUGCACAUGCGAUGGAGCACAGAAGCCAAGCAUCUCGGACCAGAAGGCCCCGGAUAACAGAGACUGUGUGUCUGGCCGUGGAAGGGAGAACGCUCCAAGCAUGAUCUUCGGUUACUUAGAUCGCGGGUCGCUAGGGCCAGGGCUUACAGGAGCCAAAAGCGGGUGCGGACCAGGCGACCAGGGCUUCAAAAACCGAAUUAUAAAUGGGUCAAAGCCUGUCGGGUUGAGGACGCGACUUGUGAACAACCAAGAAAUAUUCGAUGUCAACGUCGCAGUUCUUGUUAAAUUCUUCACUCGAAAUGCGGUUGGAACAACCGUAUCCAUUACCGAAUCUCUUUACUCAAUUGGUCCUCUUCUUUUAUUCUUCUUUCUAAUACUACAUGACUCCCUUAAUAACAAACCUUGA